AUGUCCUCACAUUCAAAUCAUCGAGCUGGCGCCCAUCCCACCGGCGACGGCCAUCAUCGACCUCAAACCCCAACACUCCGACCUUCCCAGCAGAUUCCCCCGCUCGUCAACGUUGCACCCAGCUUGUUUGUCCCUCUCAGAAAGGAAGACAUCGAACCACCAUCUGAAGAUGACGAGCCAAGCCAGCGGAUCGCACGCUUGAAGCGCAUCAUCGAGACCAUUGACUACCACACCGCCGCCGUCAAGGAGAAUUUCAUGUGGAUGUUUGGGCGAGAGAUGCAUCGCUAUUCCCUCGACGCCGCCGAGCGUGAGGAGGAGUUCGGGCUUCGCGAUCUGCACCCGCCGGGCCCGGCAGAGGCGGAAAUCGACGCCGUUUUUCAAAGCAUGGAGAUGCCAGCCCCCGGAGGGUAUGACUACAAUGAUUUCAACAACCCGUUCAACGUCAAGUAUCUGCCGGAGGUCAACCCACAGGAGUACAUGCCGCACAAUGCCUCGCUGAGGGAGAAGGCCAUGAUGGAUGUCCUUAUGGUGGUGGAAUCGGGCAAGAAGGAAAUCGAUGGGUACCAGAAUCACAUGGAUAGGUUGAGGAGUCACUAUGUCGAAUUGCUGGAGAGGGAGCACGAGGUGCUCAGACAGGCGGCGUUGAGGCCGGAGGAACGGACUCAGAUACAGGAUGCGCCCAUGGGUUGA